AUAUGCCUGGUGUUGGUGAUCGUCAAACGCUUAUGUUUAGUGCUACAUUCCCCCGAGACAUUCAAAUUCUUGCUCGGGAUUUUUUAAAGGACUAUGUUUUCUUGAGCGUUGGUCGUGUUGGCAGUACAAGCGAGAACAUUACCCAAAAGAUUGAAUACGUUGAAGAUGAAGACAAACGAUCUGUACUAUUAGAUAUUCUACAUUCUCAACCAGAUACAGAUCGUGGGCUUACAUUAAUAUUUGUAGAAACUAAACGUAUGGCAGAUAUGUUAUCAGAAUUCCUUAUUCAAUCCAACUUUCCUGCUACAUCUAUUCAUGGCGACCGAUCGCAACGUGAACGUGAACGUGCACUUGAUUCAUUUAGAACAGGUCGUACUCCUAUAAUGGUAGCAACUGCUGUAGCUGCUCGUGGUCUUGACAUUCCUAAUGUUACACACGUAAUCAAUUAUGAUUUACCGACAGAUAUCGACGACUAUGUACAUCGAAUUGGUCGAACUGGUCGUGCUGGUAAUGUUGGUUUGUCAACGGCAUUUUUCAAUCGUGGCAACAAAGGCAUAGUUCGUGAACUCAUUGACUUAUUGAAAGAAGCCAAUCAAAUAAUUCCUGGCUGGUUAGAAACUGUAGCGAAAGAAACUCAAGGCUUUGGAGGUCGCAGUAGUCGCGGUAACGGUCGUGGAAGCCGAGGUGGAAAUCGCGAUUACCGUAAAUUUGGCGGUAGUAGUAGUGAAAGAGGAGGUUAUGGAGGUGGCAGCGAGCCUGGUUUUUACAGCGGCGGAGGCUACGGUGGCGGAAAUUAUGGAGGUGGAUAUGGUGGCGGAAAUUAUGGAAAUGCCAACGGAAAUUAUAAACAAAGUUGGUG